AUGUUGGAAAGCACCGACCGUUGUCCGAGCGGGUCACCGACUAGCGACAAGAUAGUCGUCAGGCGGUUCAUAAAUUCGGCGAUUUAUGUCGAAAAGGAGAUGUCGCCGUCGAGGAAGACCAGCGCCCUGUCGCUAGCCGGCACCGACGAGGGCUACCAGACCGAGAAGAGCGUGUCGAGCGAGUCGCUGAAGCGCGCCCCGCUCGGCCACCUCACGCCCAAGAUCAAGCCGGCGAAAGCGAAGUCGGUGAGGAAGUGCACCUGCAUCUUGGGCGCGACCCAAUGCCAGUGUCACCAGCAGCCGGCGGAGCCGGCCAGGCGGAAGAAAACCGUCGAUUUUAGCGAUAAAAACUCCACCACGAGCUCGUCGAGCGUGGACACCCAAAUCACCAUUAUAAACAAGAGUCCCAAAUCGAAGAUGAGCACCGAGAGCUUGCUGUCCUCCACCUCCCUUUUGUCCUCUGCGAUGGACAGCAGCCUGUUCAUCGACCAAGACCCGAAAGAGAAGGAGGAGCAGUUCAAAAAGUGGCUCAAGAACAAGGAGCAGCAGAAGAAGGCGAAGAAACUCGAAGAGCAGCGCCAGCAGAAGCUGAACAAAGAGAAGGAGGCGAUGCUGUUGGAGCAAAAGGAAGCCGUGUACAAAGAUUGGCUGGAGAGGAAGAAGCAACAAGAGGAGAAUCUAAAGAAGCAAAAGGAGAGGGAGAAGAAGAAAUCGAAAAAGAUGGAAGAGGAAAAGAAAAGGAAGCUGGUUAACAACAAGGAAAUAUUCGACGCUUGGUUGAAGAUUAAAGCGGAGAAGCAAACAGAAGCGAAAAUGAAGGCGAAAAAGAAGGAAGAUGAGAAGGCAGAGUUGAAGAAGGGCCGGCUGGAGCAGAGCCAACGCGCUUUCUCCGAUUGGUUGAAACAUUCCAAAGACAAGCCCAAACCGGUGCCCUCCAACCAAGGACUGUCGAGUUUAUAUUUGACGGAUUUGGUGGCCUACGUUAAUCCAGAACCUUGGGUUGGGAAUUGA